CGUUCUUUUCGUAGCAUAAGCAAUUUGAAAUUGUUCAAAGCAGAACAUACAGAAGAUUUAUUACCGGAAAUUUCUUUUUUGCAGUGAAUUUUAAGAUUAACUUCUCAUAAUGGCCAAGAAAGAAGAACCAUUCCUGACCACGUCCGAAAAGUUCAAAAUGUUUCUAUCGGCGCAUUGGCGUGGACUGCUGUGCCUCGUAGCUCCUCUGUUAUUCUUAGGCAUUGUGACUCCAUUUCCGGGGAAGCAUUACCAAUGGUGCGCGUACACUUUACUCGUGAUGGCCGUCUUCUGGGUGGCCGAGUGCAUUCCUUUGGCGGUGACUGCGUUCUUGCCCGUCGUUGUGUUCCCUCUGACGGGCGUCGCGAGUACGUCUACUGCUUGCAAGGCGUAUAUCAAUGACUCUGUGCUGAUGUUCCUCGGCAGUAUCAUGCUGGCGUAUGCCGUGGAGCAGUCUGGACUGCACAAGCGUCUCGCAUACGCUGCCAUACGGAUGAUUGGUUACUCCCAUUUCAAAUUGUUGUUUGCGAUGUGCGCCGUCACCACUUUUGUGUCGAUGUGGAUCACGAACACCGCCGCCACGACGAUGAUGGUGCCGAUCAUAUUUGCCCUGUUGAAAGUGUUCGAAGACCAAGGGAUCUUGGUAAUUUACGAAAAGGGUCCGGAUGGUGAAAAGUUUGCGAGCGACAUGACCACUUGUUACUUCUGCGCCGCGACCUACUCUGCUACCAUAGGAGGCAUUGGGACUUUAGUUGGGACGGCUACCAAUCUCGUGUUCAAGGGAUUGUUUAUGAGCGCAUACCCCGAGGCGCCCGAGUAUCUCUCGUUCCCCAAGUUCUCUGCGUUCGCGGUGCCGUACAUAAUCGUGCUUGAAGCGUUUACCUUCUUCUAUUUGGCUAUGGUUUAUUUUGGAUUCAUGAGGCCCGGCAGUGAAGCAGCGAAGUCCGCUUUUAUUACGGAUAAGGCCAAAGCUGCAGCCAAGAAGGCGAUCGACGAUGACUGGAAAAGAUUGGGGAGUAUGACAUUCUGGGAGAUGAUGGUGAUCAUAUUGUUUGGAGGCGCGAUGGUCGCGUUCUUCUGUCGUUCGCCGCAAAUGUUCGACGGCUGGGGCGAUGUCAUUGCAGAACACUUUGAUUUGGAUCACAAGUUCAUUCGAGAUUCAGCGCUGGCCAUGUUGGUUUGUUUCGUGAUGUUCCUUCUGCCUUCGUCGUUGGUAAUAUUCAAGAACUGUAAUGCGAAAUAUUACGAGGACCUGCCCAAGAAGUCUGUGCAAUCUGUGUUGGAUUGGAAAGUGUUAAACGCGAGUAUGCCAUACUCUUACAUGUUUCUCUUAGGCGGCGGCUUCGCGUUGUCCUCCGCGGCGAAGACGUCCGGCCUGAACGCGAAGCUAGGGGAGUACCUGCAGGUCCUGGCGUCGCUGCCUAAUAUGGUGGUGAUGCUGUUGGUGAUAGUGUUCGUCAUAUUUGUGACCAACUUUGCGUCCAACGUGGCCGUAUGCAACGUCUUUUCGCCAAUAUCUAUGCAGUUGGCGAAGGAAAUCAACCAGAAUCCGUUGUGGUAUUGUAUGGCGUCGGGGAUCACCGCAUCCUACUGCUUCAUGCUGCCGGUGGGGACGCCCGGAAACCUCAUCGUGCAGAGCGCCGCCAAUAUUCCCACAGGAAAGAUGAUGGUCGCUGGUGCGGGGCCCACGGUGACCACCAUCAUAGUGACGUGGUUCGCCAUGAUGUGGUGGGCGCCCAUAGUGUGGCCAGAUCUGCACUUGAUGCCCGAAUGGACGCAGCAUGAGGGCAAGAGUGCUUAGAAUAUGACGCAGGGAUAAUUCAACGGCUUCUUCCAAAAAUUUUCAUUUCUGGGACUAGAUGGAUAAACUAUUUUGGGUGUUAUUUAGGGGCCAGAGAGGUUUUAAGCGUUAUACUCGAGAAGAUAUUUUUGUAUUGCGUUAAUUUAUUAUGUAAUGAAGUAUUUUGUUACAAGCUUGUGUUAAUUGUUAAGUGCUUACUGAAUUAAGCUAUUUGAUGAAGGGUUGAGUGGAUUUGCAAUAUUUGUGGUGUGCCAAAGAGUCACUACCGGCAGGGCCUAAGACAUGCUGUCUGUCUGUACGCUUUCGUCCUUCCUAACAAACACUAUUUGGUCUCAAUUCUUGAUACUACAUUUUUUGAAGGCCAAACUUUUUGUAACUUUAUACGUUGUAAUAUCGAUAAAUUAAUAUAGCAUGAGUCCUACUCUAGUAAAUAAUUAAUUAAUGUUAUUGCAUUAGUUUCUGUCAGCAGCGAAACUUUGGCACUCUUAUGGCAUUGAAUACCACACAUGCAUAUUGGCAAGUUACUUAGUUCUUCAUAGUGGAUAUUUAAAUAAAUUGUGAAUAUAA